AUGACACAAGGCGUAAUCUUCAAAACCAAAGGCCUGUUCUCCGGCCGUCAAAACUGGCAGCAAUUAGAACCACUUCAACCACAGUCGAGGAAAUUUACCAAACGCAGAGCGAGGAAAUUCCCUGGUGAUGCAUUUCUGGGUAUCCUCUGGACCCACGACACUGAUAUAAGCAAUCAGAGAGUCUCACUGGCGCAGCGAUCAAGCCUCACUUUCCAAACCCCACAGAAGCUGAAUAUCGAUGGCCCCUCUAAGCUUGGGGCGGCACUCUCUUCUCAAAAUGGAAGUUCAUUUGAUGAGCGGGAUUUUGAGGAUGAGGUGCAGACUUUGAUUGAAACUGCGAUGCGGAGUGGACUUUUUGCGAGUGGGCAGAUUCGUUCGAUUUCUAUGAGGCAUCCUGCCGAAGGAUAUAGAACUACCGUUCACGUCCAAGAGAAACCCAAUAUUGGAUGUCCGGUGUUUUGUAAAAUGGAGAUUCUGGCUGUUUGUGUCACGGUUUCGGCGCUGAGCGGAGGGAAGGACAAAAAGGAAGUUGUGGGGCUUCCGCUUGUUUUCGGGUGUGCGAAGGUGGUGGUUCUGAAGAUUGGGGGCUUGGGCUUGAAGUGGGUUGUUGAUCUGAGGCCAGAUGGGACGGCUAAGCCGAGGUGGACCUUUAAGGGAUUGAUUGGGGUGAAGAGAAGCGUUGACUUCAGGUAUAAUGAAAAGGUUGAGAGGGCCGGGGGAAUUAAGAGAUUUCUUGGCCGGAGGAGCAUGGCGAAAAAGGAAAUGGGAUCUGAUGAGGAGAAGCCUUUGCUCUCGUAA